ACAUUGACCAACUACAACAGCAUGUUGUAAUCAUUCUGUCACAUAUGUAGAAAGCAUAGCCUCUAAGUGAUGAUAUUUUUAAGUUCUAAUAGACUGAAUUGUUUAACUUGAAAUCUGCAUUUUUUAAAUAUAGGUUUGCAAUUAUCUGAAUCAUGGAAAUACAGUGCAUUCAUAUAAUUUCUUCCGCAAAUUACUGUAAAACCAACUACAACGGUAAUGCGGUCAAAUUCCACUGAUUACUUUUGACAAGCACUUUUGCUACGAAUAAAACUUAGCAAGACAUAGUAAGAUGCUUCCAAAAAGGAAGGUAGAUCCAGAAUUGGAAAAGUUAAGAAACGAAGUGGACGGACCACCAAAUUUAGACACAACCAUUGUAAAUAUCCAAAGAGAAUCAUCACGUAUUCACGCUGCGUACUUGUUCGAACACAGUGGCAAAGCUACGCUACAGAAAUUAUGUUUGUUAUUGAGCUCCACAGCAACAGGGAAGAUGUACGAUGGAUGGCAGGAGUUUGCAGCUCACAUGGGCUUAACAAUGGAACAGAUACGUUGCAUAGAUUAUGACUUCAAAGGACUUCAGGAUCCAACAUAUUACGUACUUCUGACUUAUGUGCAAUCUCCGGAGGCAACAAUGGACAAAAUUUUGAAUGUUUUGCAAAAAAUGCAACGACUCGAUAUAAUAAAUCAGAUUAAGGAUUACGUAUACAAUCUAGUCGAUGUUGCGUUGCAACAUGCCAUGAGUCAUGAUGGAUCUAAAAUAAUUCGACCUGGACAUAUACCAAAAGCACCAUUAGUUUUAAGCCCCAUUUCAACAGUGGAAUACAAAACCGAAAUGAAAGAAAGCGAAUCAAUGUUUAUACCACAAGACAAUCAGCAGAAGAAGCAUGAACAAACAUAUGGCUGUAUAGUUAUGCUGACUUUUGCCGACGAUGGUUUAUCAACUGCUGAGAGUAUCACAAACAUAUUUAGAUCCAAACAGCCGCGAAUCGGCGUACUUAUAUUGCAAGAACAAGAAAAACACGUUUAUAGUCGAGCUGAAGAAUUCAUAGACGAUUGUUUUAAACAGGUUGAUUACGUUAUACCAAUUCUGACAAAAGAAUACAUUGAAAGAAUCAAUAAUCCAGUAAAAACGUACGAACAGAUGCAUAACAAUUUAAAUAGCAAAUACUUGAAGUACAUAUAUUCCUUACUGAGAUACGAAUAUGUAAGAAAUCAAUGCUGCAACAAUCGUGUAAGAUGCAUUGUGCCUGAUAAAGAUGUUUGUACGAUUGUACGAGCAAGUCUGCAUCCCACAUUGCAAGCGUGGUUUCGUGAAAGUGAUAUCGACGGUUUUGUGAACAAUAUUCUCUUCCAUAAAAUUUAAUGUAAAAAGAUCAUGAGUGCUUAAACGAAAAUAAUUAUUUCAUAAUCAAC